AGAUGAAGGAUAAAUAUAUUGUGGAAGAAAAUGUUUUAGGAUAAGGACAAUUUGGUAGUGUACAAACAGCUAAAUCAUUAGAAAAUAAAUAAUUGAGAGUUUGUGUGAAAAUAAUGUAAAAGAAAAAAUUUUAUGGUUAAAAUGUUCUCUAAACAGUAUAAGAGGAAGAAUUCAAUAUUUGUAAGAAAAUGGUAAAUAAAAAAUUUGAUAAUUUGGUUUAAAUUUAUGAUGUUUAUGAUUAAGAUUAUAAUGAUACUCAAGCGUAUAUAUUCAUGGAAAGAUGCGAUAAAAGCUUAAAGGAAUUAAUUAAUUUAAAGAAGAGUGGAUAAGAAAAAAAAUUUACUAAAGAAGAAUUAAUUGAUAUCAUAAAUUAAAUAGCUAAAGGUUAUAAUUAAAUGAUCUCUCAAGAAAUUAUUCAUCGAGAUCUUAAACCAGAAAAUAUAUUAUGCAAUAUCGUUGACAACUAAAUACAAGUCAAAGUAUUUAUGUGUAAUAAAUAUUUAGAUUGCUGAUUUUGGUCUUAGUAAAAUUGUGGAUUCUCCAUCCCAGAAAAAAAUGACUAAAAAGGUUGGAACAAUGUAUUAUAGUGCUCCAGAGAUUUUAAAUGAAAAAAAUCCUGAUGAUUAUGAUAAUUUAUGUGACAUCUUUUCAGUAUAUUUAUUUAUAUUAUUUAUAGCUUGGAGUAAUCAUAUUUGAAUUGGCAUUACUACAAAAAUAAUACAAUUAUAAACAAAUAGAAAAACUAAAAGAAACCACAUUCUCUAAAUUACAUGAAGAUGUUAUAUAAAAUAAAGAAAUUGAUAAAGAUAUAUUAGAGUUAUUGGAUAAAAUGAUAGUUUAUGAUCCAAAAUAAAGAUUAACAUGGUAAGAAUUAUUAAAUUAUUUUGAUUAAAAACCAAAAUAAUCAAGUCUUUAAUCCGAUUUACAAUAACAAUAAUUAAAAAGAUAAUAAAAUCAGUAAUUCUAAAAUCAAUAGUAACAACAAGGUUAAUUUUAAUGUCCUCUAUAUAUUAAUGCAUAGAAAUAAUAAAAUGGACUUAAUUAAUAACCUUUAUAAUAAUUUUUGCCAAAUCCAGGAUUCUAAUAAAUAAAUUUUUAAUAAAAUUAAUUUCCUUAAUAAAAUCUACCAUAAUUUCCAUAAGGUAAUUAAGGAUAAUCUGCUUUGUAAAACUAGACAUAAAAUCCUACUAGAUAUUCUACAAUGUCAAAAGCAUAAUCAUUGCCCGAACAAAGUUCAUAAGCACCAAAUGUUUAAACAUAAGCCCAACCUACAUAAUAGCAACCAUAAACUAAAUUUUAAUUUACAUAACCUAUAAAUAAUUUAAACUAAUAAAAUACUUUUCAAUAAGGUGGUGUAUAAUUUAAUCAAUAACAAAAAUUUACUCAAUAACAACAAUUUACUCAAUAACAACUAUUUACUCAAAAACAAUAAUUUAAUUAAUAGCAACAAUUUACACAAUAACAACAAUUUACACAAUAAUAACAAUUUACACAAUAAUAACAAUUUACUCUAUAACAACAAUUUAAUCCCUAGCAACAAUUUAAUUUAUUACAACAAUUUAAUUAGUAACAACCAUAAGGAUAACCUAAUAGAUUAAUGACAAUGGCAUCUAAGAAAUGA